CUAGCGGCCACGGCAGCAGAGCCUCGGUGGAGUCCUGAGACGAGAAGGCAACUGGAAAUGCUUCAUGCUAACCCUGAUGAUAGCUGGUUGCCUCGGCUCCGUCGCCUGGUGCAACACCGCUGAAAUUGACAGAGACCUCAUUGAUUUUAGCAAUUUUGUGUCCGUCAGGCAUCCUAUAAAACGGACGGUCCGUGAGUCGCCCUGUGAUGUAGGAUACGCCUACAUCCCCAUCGCCUUUGUCCUGCUACUCUACUUGGUGUACCUGGUGGAAUGCUACCAUAGUACUGCCAGGAUACAGCUGGCGAGGAGAGUGGAUGUAGCUGCCGUCAGCGCCAGGGUACAUGCCAUGAGAAACGCUACGCCACGAGUCUGGUGGAAGGCAAUAUGCUACCACUACGUGCGACGUAAGCGGCAAGUCACGCGAUAUAGAAACGGAGAUGCCUAUACAACUACACAGGUCUACUACGAGAGGGUAAACACUCACAGUGCCAGUACAUCCUUUGCCCACGCCUGUUGUGGGCAGCGAGAUGCUUCCAGAAAUCUGGUCCUGGAUUCCAAGACGCCAAUCACCAAAGUACGCUUUAGUAAAGGCUUCGCUUUUGCCAAUAUUGAAGCAGCUAGUGAAUUCGAAGACCAAAGAUCAAGGUUCUUCGCUGAGCACGAAAGGUUCGACGACUUCAUGGAAAUGCGCGAAGGCUUGGACCUUAUCGGAGUCAGCUCAUUCAAAGAAUAUAUGGUAGCUUAUAGUCAUUUGUAUUACAGGGAUGCUGACCGAUGUCCGUGGUACUCAUCACAACUGCUUUUCUGGACUCUUUCUUGUCUCCUUCUCUCGUGGCCUCUGCGUAUACUCAUAGAAUGCAAUACAGCUUAUGUACAUUAUACGAUUACGAAGAUAUUUGGAACGAAUUAUGAGUUAGAUCCCAGUAGGCAGUUAGAUAUUGAUACUCACAUGUCAGAUACUUUGCCGCCGGUGACUGCCAAUAACUACGCGUGGGCACUUGCUGAUGAGCAAAGUGCUGUGCUGUGUUCAGCUCCCCGUCCACCCCGUACCUUACCCCUCUCACACGCUUCCACUGUCGACAGUCUUGAACUGUUUGCUGCAAUACGUGGAAACUGUGCCUUAGUACCCUCUUAUUCUGAAGCUAUGCGUAUUGACGCAGCACUUAGAGAAGAACCAGCAGCAGCAGCAGCAGCAGCCGCAGAUGGCGGCACUGACAGUGCUGCAACUGGAGUUGUUAUAGAUAUGGAGCCCGAAGCUCGAUCAUCUCCACUUAGGACAGCUAAAGCAGCGUCAUUUGACGAACCUCCACGAAGACCAAAAGUUACUAUCGCUACUACACAUUCCACACAGAACAUUUCUGCGACAGCCAGAUCUAAUGAAGCAAAGCAGCUGAACAGACGCUCUUGGGCGGGAGUUCUUACAACCGCAAGAAGUGCCAGGCAGAUCUUAGAAGAAUUUAGGUCAUCAAAUUCACAAACAAGUUACGAACAAAUGCCAGAACCUCAAGUAAGUGAAAACGGAGAAACUACAUUAUAUUUUCUAGAGAAUUAUCGCCAACUUGUUCGAGAGAUCCAUUUGGUGGUCGUGCACAAACUACGCCUACUGAUGAGCCGCCUUCAUAUGAAGAGGCACUAAAAAUGCCUGCGCUGAGGAAAUUAACGAGGUCUAUUACGGGGACUAAUUUAGCCGGUUCCAGACGAGCAUUCCUGCGAGAUGUGCUCACAAAUAGGAGGUCGUGUCUGGAGGGUGUCGGCGUGUUAGCAGGAACUAAGGUAGUUAGGUUGCCGUAUAGCGAAUCCGGUGACGAGACGCCUCUAUAG